CCCUUUCAGAAUUUUGAAAAUCUUUUUUCACAACGGAUUUCUGAAAUUUCAUGGUUGCUUGCUGAUUGAUAAACAAAAAUGUAUUCAAAUCAUCCAAAUGAUUAUUAUGCAAAGUCACGUUGGAAUAUCAAAAGGAACUCAAGUUCACCGAGAGGAGAAAGAUCAACAGACUCGAUGGAAAAAAGAUGUACAAAUUCUUGGAACAGAUCAGGACCAUCUUCGAAUAACUUCACAGACAAUUAUAAUAGAUCAAAUUCUUAUUAUAAUUAUUCAAAAGAAAACAAUCAAAGAUCAGAUGGACCUCAAAUUCAACAAUGGAGACGUAACUUAUAUAAUGACACACAAAGCACACGGCAAAACUACGAACAAUCGUACUACUAUAAUAAUCAUAGCUCAUAUCAUGAACCCUACAAAAAAUAUAGUCACAAAAAAGGACAUAGAAAAUAUAAAAAACAAUCAAAGUUUGAGAAGUUUUCGUCUGAUUCUAAUGAAAAAAGUUCAUCAAUAAUAAGUGAAAUGCUUAGAAAAAAUCCUUACAAUUCUGAUAAAGAUAAAAAGUUGAAAUCCUUUACACAUCAGAUGAGUGGAAACAAGAAUACAGGUGACGAUUACGACAAAUUAAAUAACAAUAAAAGUCCUUCAUAUACACCGCCAGUAAAGCGACCAAAAGAAUGCGAUUCAGAGGAAAUAUUGCAAACAUUCAAAGAAGAACAUCAAACAGAAAGAAAAAAGAAAGUUGGAGUACUUGAACUACCGAUGCCUCCCAUUUUCCAUCAACAUUCCAAAGACAGACAAUCGAAGAAAUUAAUUAAACAUAAAAGUGAUGACAAUUUAAUUUCAACAACACCAGAAUUUCGACCUGAACAGUUUAAACAUCGCGAAACACAUUACAAAGAGAUUUGUGAUCAUUUGUAUUCUAAUCCAAUGAUUGUGUCACCAAUUCAAAGUUUUAAUAAUAAUUCUAAAUGCAUGUCAUCCUCGAAAAUUGCUCGUCCUCAAAUUAUCAAUCGAAAUUGUCAACAACAUGAAUUGUUUUGUGAACGAAAUCUUAGCAGCUUCAAUAUUCUUGAGAAAAUUGGCGAAGGAACUUAUGGAAAAGUGUUCAAGGCAGUUGACUCGCUUACAUUAAAUCUUGUUGCUUUGAAAUAUGUGCGAAUGGAGAAGGAGUACGAUGGAUUUCCGAUUACAGUUCUUCGCGAGAUAAACAUUCUUCGAAAGCUUAAACAUAAAAACAUUGUAAAUCUUCUUGAAAUUAUUCAUAAUGAUUCGAUGAAUUCAAAACAUCAAGGAACAUAUUUAGUGUUUGAGUAUGUUAAUCAUGAUUUGAUGGGACUUUUGGAUAAUCAAUCGAUGGUGUUUGACGAGAUUGCAAUUUAUCAAAUAUUCAAACAAAUUUUAGAAGGAAUUCAUCAUUGUCAUUGUGAAAAUAUUCUUCAUCGCGAUUUGAAAGUUUCAAACAUUUUGGUGAGCAAUGAAGGUGUUGUGAAAAUUGCUGACUUUGGACUUGGACGUCAUUGGCAAGCAGAGCGACCAUUUACAAACAAAGUCAUCUCAUUGUGGUAUCGUCCAAUUGAACUGUUGUUGGGAGAAGAAAAGUACAAUCGAUCAGUUGAUAUGUGGAGUUUGGGUUGCAUCUUCGGUGAACUUUUUCAACGUAAACCUGUUUUCACUUUCAAUACUGAGAUCGGAAUGAUUAGAGGAAUAUUUGAUCUGUGUGGAACACCAACCAAACAUUCAUGGCCAGAAGUCAAACUUUUGCCUGGUUAUGGAGCAUUACACCCCAAGUGGUGCAUUAGAAAGCUUUCUGAAACAUUUAAAUUUAUUAUUCCAACUUUAGCAUUAGAUUUACUUGAUAAAAUGUUGUGCUUAAACCCAAAAAAUCGAAUCACAGCUGAAGAAGCUUUAAAGUCAAAUUGGAUUAUGUUAAUGGAUGAGAAGAAAAUCACAAAAAAGCUCAACAUUCCUACUGAUCAAGAUUGUCAUGAACUGACCAUUAAACUUCGUCAUAAAUAUGAAUUGCUUAUUGAAUGAUUAAAUUACAAAAAUUAUUUACAGAAAUGUAUUUUUUAACAGUGAAUAAAUACAAAAUUACUUCGAUAGUAUGCAACAUUAAAAUGUGUAAAACAAGUUUCAGAU